GUUAGACAGUUAGACAGGUGCGAGAAGGUAGAACGGAACAGGUGGCCUGUGCUGUGUAUGGGAUAUCUUACUUUUGUGUAUAUCGUGUGAAGUCAACCGUUCGAGUUAUUCUGAGCAAAAUUCUUCCUCCAAAAUUUUUUGGAUUUUUAUCUUCCGUCCUUCAUUUAUGUCAAUUAGCACAGCUGUACUUUUACCCCAAACUGGGGACCAAAUUGGUACUGGAUAUCGUACUGGUGCACCCUCUGCGGACAUGUCCGAUUUCCAUGAUAUGUGGCAAGAUAUAGAGAGUGUUUUAUUGGCGGAAGUGCACCCAACUGAAAAUGCCCAAAAAUCUCAGCCCGGUUCUCAAGAAAUUUCUAACAGACGUCCAUUGGUUCCUGUCACUUCUGCUCUGGUCGUGGGUCAGACAGUAGUCCAACAACCAUCACCGUUCAGAUACGAAGAUCUUGAUCUAUUUCUCAAUUCCGACACCACCAGUUUAUAUAGCGACGAAGGAUCAGGCCAGGCAAUCAACAAAACAUCGUCUCAACGUCUGCCGUCCUGUGCCCAAACAGGGAGCAUAACAUGGAAUACAUAUACAUCCUCGGUAUGCAAUCAGAUGUCACCACCAGCUUCUCCAGAAACUCUGGUACAGCAGAAUUCUCCGUCCCAACCCACAACUGGUGUAUCAACAGUUUUGAGAGUAGUCACUCCUCCUUCAUCACCCCACCUUGCAGAAGCCCUAUCGACGAGAAGCACACGAGUUUCUUACGCAGCCACCACCUCACCUGCCGAAAAACCGAAAAGACCAAGGAGGAAUUUGACCAGAAGGAAAGUGACUGUGCACACCUGCACUCAUCCAGGUUGCAGCAAGACGUAUACAAAGAGUUCUCAUCUGAAGGCUCAUCUGAGAACCCACACCGGAGAGAAACCAUAUCAAUGUACGUGGAAAGGAUGCGGCUGGAAAUUUGCUAGAUCUGACGAACUAACACGACAUUAUCGAAAACAUACGGGUGAUAGGCCAUUUCAGUGCAGAUUAUGCGAAAGAGCCUUUUCUAGAUCGGACCACCUAUCGUUGCACAUGAAACGCCAUUCUUCUUUGUGAUUUCCAUCAUCUCUAUUCAAAAAAGGGACCAAUUUUUCAUAAAUUCUAACUUCUGCAUCUUGUAAAUUGCAAAAAAUAAUAAUAAUUAACAGUAAUAAUAAUAUUAAUGAUGAUAUAAAAAAAAGUUAUUCGGAUAUUAAAAUGGCAAUACUUCGGUUAAUUGAUGUCAUAGAACAUUUUAAUCUGAAGAUUAAAUUCGAGUUGGACACUCGAACUGCACUUCGGACUGACAUUUUUUUUAAUUUUUAUUAUUUUUUCUUAGCGAAUUAUUAAAAAGGAAAGAAAAAAAAAUAGAAAUUUUAUUUUUUUAUCACGUCAUAUAUUUUAUUGUAUAGUCAAAUUAUAAUAUUAUUUUUAUUUUUGUCGCUAAAUUAUACAUUGCAUACUUAUUUCUGUAAAAUAUAUUUUAUGUAAUUUUUUUUUUGUACAAUGCAUCAUAAUUUGCAUAAA